AUUGGUUUGACACGAAAAUUGAACGCAUUUUUGCCGUACAUUGAAGUGAUCACUGGUUUCGUAAACAUCACUCAAAUCGACACCAAAUUGACGUCAAAACCAAUGCUUUAGUCAUUCAAUACAUACACCAAUUGUCCGCAAAUGUCGACCAAAACCGGGAUUUCCAUCGAUAACAGCAGCCUCAAGUUUCUUGAGCUCAAGAAGUAUGUCAUAUCCGGCGGCGAGUCGACCGCCGAUGGACUCAAGUCUGUGGCCAUUGAUAAUCACUCGCAGACGGUGUUCGCCAUCACAUCCACUCACCUGUUGGUCACACCAUUGCCACAGCUGUUGGCGUUUGAGUGGAACAAAUCGGUGAUCAACGAGACGGUGGAGCGGUUCCCGCACUUCAAGAUCGCACUCAACUUCACACCACAUCUCAUAUCGAUAUCGGCCGCCGGUUUCGGCCAUAAGAUAGCCGUCUGUGGCGCCGAUUAUCAGUCAUCGACGGCGCCGUUUAUCAUAUUCUUUGACGUGUCCGAUGUCCACAGGAAUCAGUCACAGAGCUUACCAUUCAAUCGCAUAAACCUAUUCAACAGCACCGGACACGUGUCGGAUAUCGUGUGGCACCCGGAGCUCAACGACCAGUGCUUCGGCUGCUGUGUGAGCGACGGAUCCUUUUUUCUCGUCUCCAUCGGCGACCCGGCGUCCAAACAGUGCGCCAUUUUGGCGGACAUACGACCG